CAUUAAGGUAGGCCUACCAAUAUGUAGAGUUUAUAGGUAGCCUACUAAUUUCUACCUUUAAAGUAGGCUACUUACAUGCAACGUUAAGGGUAAGUAAAGUGGGCUACAUAUGUGUACUUUUUGACAGCUUUUGUAGCCUAAUUAUUUUUCUUUUCUUUCUGAGAAUGUGGUUCUCUUCUUUUGUUCAACAUACCUGGCAUAUGCAAUAAAGGCAGACUUUCUGGAAAUGUAACUAGUUUGUAAUGAACAUUGACGCAUUUGACAAAAAAAUUUGUUUGGGGAAACUCCUUCAAGGCUUGAUGUUUAUUUCAAUGAAGAUUGAUAUUGUUUCCCAUUUCGCGUCGUAUGCUUUUCGAAUGAAGAAAUGGGGGACCACUGUGGAUGCUGCAUCUGCUGCUUGUCUAAAAAAAAAGAGGAAUGUCACCACCAAAAAUAAUGACAUCAACACCGUACUGAGCAAGAGAAAGGAGAACAGACAGAAAUGAGAUUGCUUUUAUUAGGCACGAGAGAAAGUGGAAAGAAAACGUUUAUGAAGCAGCUGAGAAUAAUUCAUGGAAGCGGAUACUCGGAAGACGAGAGACGUAGCUACACUAAACUGGUUUUUCAGAAUAUCUUCCAAGCUAUGAGUGAAAUGACAGAUGCCAUGAAGACGCUAAAGAUCCCAUACUCCAACCCACAGAACGAGAUUUAUGCCCAGUGGGUCCAGGAACAGGACAUACAUCAAAUAACGCAGCUGCCGUGGAAUCACGCACGGAUUAUUUGUCACCUAUGGGCAGACAAAGGCAUUAAGAUCUGUUACAGUCGACGCAGAGAGUAUCAGCGACUAGACUCCAUUAAGUAUUUUAUUGGAAACAUGGCCCGCAUUGUAACCGAAGACUACAUCCCAACAUAUCAAGAUAUUCUCCAUGUCCGAUCUCCCACUGACAGCAUCACAGAGCAGUGCAUUAGUUUUGAGAAGACAACUCUCAGGUUUGUAGAAGUCAGUGGUCAGAGAGGAUUUAGAAAAAAAUGGAUUCAUUGCUUUGAGAAUGUGACAUCGAUCAUAUUUUUAGCUUCUCUCAGCGAGUACGACCAAUCUCUGGAAGAGAACAACAAGGAUAACCGUAUGGAAGAGAGUUUGUCACUGUUCUACACGACCAUCCACUCACCGUGGUUUGCUAAUUCAUUCAUCCUCCUCCUUUUAAACAAAAUGGACAUCCUCUCCGAGAAGGUUCAGUUUUCAGACCUAAAAACAUACUUUCCCAGAUUUGAAGGCAAACGUCAGGACGUACAAGAUGCCAUGCAGUUCAUUGCACAGUUAUAUGAACAGAAAGGUACUAGCAAGGAGACAGAGGACAAAAGAGUGAUUUACCCUCACUUCAUCUGUGCCACAGACACCAUAGACACCCGUGCACUCUUCCACACUGUGAAACAUGCUUUCAUGUUACAGUUAUUACGGAAGUAUGAAGUGUUAUAAUGAGCCCAAACUGCACCUUCGGUGGCUCAGACUGUAUUGAUUUCCAUAAAGAAACAUUU